UCUGCUUCCCCCGGACGGAUCCGCGCUGCCGCCCAACAUGCCCACAGUAAACAGCGGCUCCGCCGGCUGCCGGGCCGUGGUGCUGGCCGGGAAGUACCUGUCCAGCCCGGGUCUGUACUCCGCCGCGGCGGCGCGCAGCUCCGGCCAGCAGCAGCAGCAGCAGCGGAGGGUGCUGGCUCCGCAGCGCCGCCUGGGAAGCAGCUCCGCCGCGGCGGCCGGCGGGGUGCUGGGUAGAGCCACGGGGCCGCCGGCGCAGCAGCUGGAGACCCCGCUGCACGUCUCCGCCGGGGAGCGGUACACCCUGGCCAACCGGAAUCUCAUCUACCGGGACGUGAAGGCGUUCCUGAACGAGGUGGGGGGGGAUCCCCGGGAGGCCCGGUACUGGCUCACCCAGUUCCAGAGGGCCAGCUCGGCGCAGGCUCCCGCCUUCGCCGUGUUGGAGGUGGACAGCUCAGCCUUCCACAGCAGGGAAAUGGUCCAGAGCCUGGCCUUCGGGCUGUCCUUCCUGCAGCGGAUGGACAUGAAGCCUGUAGUGGUGAUGGGCUGGUCUGAGCAGCAGGAGGCCGGGACCACGGAGCCGCUGAGCGGACCUACAGAAGUGGUGCAGCGGUGCCAGCAGCUGAGCGAGGCUCUGCAGCAGCACUCAGCCACCGUCCUGCCCUUCUUCUCCGCAGAGCCCUUCCUUCAACUGCACGGAGCACCGCGAGGAAGCAGCGCUCCAGCAACCGUCUCCGUGGACGCCAGCCUCCUCCAGUGGAGUCUGGACUGCGGGACCAUCCCGCUGGUCUGUCCCGUGGGCAGAGACGAGCGAGGCUGCUCGGUGAUGCUGGACCCCACGGAGGUCACGGCAGCCGUUUCCAGAGCUCUGCAGCCUCACAAGGUCAUGUUCCUGAACAACUCCGGAGGCCUGCAGAGCCCCAAACACAAGGUGUUGGGGACCGUGUCUCUGCCCACCGACCUGCCCAGUCUGUCCACGGCGGCGUGGCUGAGUGCCGCCGAGCGCCGCAGAGUCACCACCAUCGCCAGGCUGCUCAAUCAGCUGCCCACGGAGUCUUCUGCUGUCAUCACCUCAGCCAGCACACUGCUCACCGAGCUGUUCAGCCACAGAGGUUCUGGGACGCUCUUUAAAAACGGAGACCCCAUACACCGGUACAGCUCACUGGAUGAAAUCAACGUGGAGCGCCUGCUGACUCUCAUCAACAAGUCCUUUGAUAAGACUCUGAGGGAAGAUUACAUCUCCAGUCUGAGAGGGCGGCUGCACUCCAUCUACCUCUCUGAAGGCUACAGCGCAGCAGCCAUCAUCACCAUGGAGCCGCUGAACGGCGGCACUCCCUACCUGGACAAGUUCGUGGUGAGCAGCAGUAAGCAGGGCCAGGGCACCAGCCACAUCCUGUGGGAGUGUAUCAGACAAGACCUGGGCCAACUCUUCUGGAGGUCUCGAGCCACAAACAGAAUCAACCCAUGGUACUUCAAGCAUUGUGAUGGCAGCUUCGUAAAUGGAGUGUGGACCAUCUUCUGGUUCGGCCUGACGGACAUCCGGGACUCCUACGUCCUGGUGGAGCACGCCAAGAAGAUUCCAGACUCAUUCCACGGCUCCUCCUCGGCCUCCUCGGAGCGCUCUCCUCCCCCUGCGGCAGGAUCCUGAACCGCCUGCAUCUCAGCAGCUGCUUAUGUCACUCUUCAGCUGGGGAGGAUGUUUCUUUAAGAUUGGGGGUUUUUCUUAGUUACACCCUCGUCUUUCCCACCCAGAUUUACUCCAUUUCUACUUUUCUCCCAUCUAAAACUACAGGGCGGUAGGAGGAACAUUUUAUUUUUAAAGCUGCUUUCAAAGUUAUUUUGUGAAACAGAUCUCGAGAGUUUCAUGUUCAAAACAACAGAAUAACAUCAUGUUACACUCGAAGUUACCUUGUUGUUCCAAAACCAGCGAUCUCUGGAGAGGAAAACCACUCAAACUGGGGUCUGACUUUCCACUGUGGACCAGGAAAGCUUAAAAACCUUUAUAUACACUCAUCAGCCGCACCACCUGGUGCAGCUGGUGCACCUGGUGCUCCUGGUGCAGCUGGUGCACCUGGUGCAGCUGGUGCACCUGGUGCAGCUGGUGCACCUGGUGCAGCUGGUGCACCUGGUGCAGCUGGUGCACCUGGUGCACCUGGUGCAGCUGGUGCAGCUGGUGCACCUGGUGCAGCUGGUGCAGCUGGUGCACCUGGUGCAGCUGGUGCAGCUGGUGCAGCUGGUGCACCUGGUGCAGCUGGUGCACCUGGUGCAGCUGGUGCACCUGGUGGCGCGGUACUUUAUUAGGUGUUGUACGGGCUUUUGACUGUCUGAAGUAUCUUUAAAGCACAAGCUCAAAUCCAAAAGUUAACAGUCAGUGUAAAAUGUAAAAAAAAAAUCAUAAAACCGUAUUUUCUUUACAACGGAACAUAGAAAACAUUCAAUAUUAGAAAUCAGGAAAUGUACCAAUUUAAGAAAAAAAAGGUAAAUUUAAACUAUAGGACUGUCUCAGAAAAUUAGAAUGUUGUGAUUUUCUGUAAUGCAAUUA